UGGUGGGGGAUGAUCAGCCUACAUUAAAACAUCACCAUCCACCUAGAUGGUAGAAAAAGAACUUAAACUCAAUGGUGAUAAAAGGCAAACUCUCUUAUGCUUGAGAAGAAAUCAAUCUUCGCUGGUCAGUCUGCCCAAGCACAUAAGAGUUAGCUCAGUACUUAAUCGGGACGUUAAGCAAUUUGGAAAACAACAUCUCUUUGAUGAACAAGAGGAGACUUGUUGGAAUUCUGACCAGGGAUCACCACAGUUUAUUCAGGUAAACUUGGAUCAACCAGCUCAAGUAACUGAGGUCCAGAUCCAGUUUCAGGGCGGUUUUGUAGGAAAGGAGUGCCAGCUUGAAGUUAAAAAUACUGUUGACAACAAAUCUAAGAUCUGCAAUUUCUACCCCAAUGAUAUCAACUCUUUGCAAAGAUUUCCUGUUGACUGCUUGCCUGUUGCAGACAACCUCAAAAUAGUGUUCAACACAAGUACAGAUUUAUUUGGUCGUGUUAUAGUCUAUAAGUUGGAUGUCAUUGGAACAUUGAUGUGACAUAAAUUAUUUUUUCAACUU